GUAUGGUUGAGGGUUGAUAUCGAAAGUACCAACAUAAAAGUUAUAUGUUUAGAUACUGACCUGGCACGUUUGCUGAACAAUUCAUUUAUUAGAAAUUCGAAAGUAGUCAGCUGAGUGUAAAUAUGAAUCCUCUCGCUCCGUACACAGCAAGUGCAAUAUGCAAAUUUUUAACGCACGCAUGAUGAUUCACGUGUGAAUGGCAUGAAAAAUGCCGUGUUUUAUGUUGGAAUGCGCAUCUUCGCUCAGCAGUUCAUGCAGCAUGGAUGCGCAGCAAGUCCGAGUAGUUCUUUUAAAUAUAGUCGCCUGGAUAUUGCUGUUUGUYGCCUUUAUUAGGCCACCACCUCAACAAAAUCUGUUUCCCUUACAACAUCGUCUUUUUGAGAAUUUUCACGGGGAAAUAUUUCGUGGUAGAGAUGUGUUUUCUCUUAUAUCAAGGAAAGCGCACCUCUUCUGGCGAAACACUGGCGAAACUCCUGUGUCGUUUCUCAAACUUGCGAACGAUAUCCUCCCAACCUUGCAGAACUUAAGAUUAGACGGGCAACCCCGUGUACGCCAGAGGAGACUGAAAAUAAACGUAGUUAACCAAGUUCUGCUUGUGAUGAUGUGGUUACGUAAAUAUUCUYAUAUAGACACUUUAGCACUGUGGUUUGAUAUAGACCCUACGUCCGUUAUCCGCAUUAUUUACAGGACGUUACCAGUAAUGUGGAGAUAUUUUCAAAAUCAAAUCACCUGGCCGAACCUCGCGGAGUGGAGAAAUCGAAUGGGCAGCUGGCCAGAGUUACCAAAUGCCGUCGGUGCUAUAGAUGCAACCCCGCAUGAGAUUUAUUGCCCUCUGGCGGAGCCUCAGCGACCAUUUUACAGUGGCCAUAGGCACUAUCACUGCCUAAACACUCAAUUGGUAAUGGAUAAUGAGGGCCAUAUUCGGUUUCUUCAGGCUGGCUUCUUGGGUAGCACACAUGAUGCGACUGCUUAUAGGUUAAUGCAGCCUAUAGGGCCCGGUUUAGUCCUAGAUUUACCGCCAGGUGUUAAACUGUUGGGCGAUAGAGGGUAUCCUGAUUGA